UGUCGAUCUUACGUUGUGAGCUCGAGCGCAGCAGUCUGAGCUGAGAUGCUUCAACAUUUGAGGUGGAUUUAACUUUUGAAUAACAGAUAUAACAUGGCGAUGAAGCAAGAAAUUGAUUGUUGGACGUCUCUCUCAAGUACACAUGGAGAGGGUGAGGGAGAUCUUCAAUCAUCACAUGAACAUGAUGAAGGAAACAUCUGCAUUAAGAGGGAAGGAGAAGUUGAGAAGGAGAGGUGUCUUGCCAUUCCAGGUUCAGAUGGUUUGAGAGAUGAGGGUCAGCUUGUUUUAACUCAAGACGGUAUGGUCUUCACUCUCAAACAAGAAGUUAGCACAGACAUGUUUGAGAUCCUCUCAAGUACAGAAGUACAAGACCCAUCAACUGAUCAAGGCUACAAGACGGCGACCAUCACCGAAGAGCGGCUUGACAGCAGACAUCAAGGAACGGUGGAGACCAUCGUCAGGAGCCGCAUCAACUACGAUGAAGAGCCUCGUGUCGGGAUGGUGGUGCACAUGGGCUCCAAGCGUUCGCAAAACCAAGCUUGUGUACCUCCAACAAAGAAACAGCGGGUGCAAGUCCAACAACCGGAAGAGGAGACAACCCUUUACCAACAGCAGGAGGAGAAAACACCCGAGUUGCCCAGCAAAGACGAGUGCGAGUUGCAAUUGCGUGGCAUCCCAGAGCUUUGGCAGCCCACAUCCCGACGCACUGAAGAGCUUCAGAGGCACAGGCGCGCACCUUACCAUGCACGCCAGCCUACGACCCGACCCGCCAAAGAGCUUGAGAGGCCCCAACCGGCACCCUACCAUGCAUGGCUUAAGACCAGGCCCGCCAAAGAGCUUGAAAAGCCCCAACCGGCACCCUACCACCAAUGGCUUCGGCAGCCUACGACCCGACCCACCAAAGAGCUUGAGAGGCCCCAACCGGCACCCUACCACACAGAGCCUCGGCAGCCUACGACCCGACCCGCCGAAGAGCUUCAGAGGCACCAGCCCACACCCGACCACGCUCACCAGCCUACGAACAAACCCGCCGAAGAGCUUCAGGGGCACCAGUCCACACCAGACCACGCUCACCAGCCUACGACCCGACCCGCCAAAGAGCUUCAGAGUCCCCAAUCCGCGCCCCAAUUCACAGAUCUUGGUCAGGCUGCACCCUCCCAAUCCCAACACCCCAUCGACCACCAGCCUGAGCUUCACCAGCCAAGUUCCUCCACACAUAUCUCCGAAGCUCAACCACCAGAAGGGCAUCUGGAAUCGUUGAUCCUCCAGCUCUCCUCAAAGUUGACGGAACUACAGGAGCAGCAGGGUACCCUGGUGCGAGAGGUCCAGCAGCUUAGGGAGGAGGUGCGCACGCUGUCCGGUGUGAAGGAGAAGUGCCCGCCCGUCUACACACCGGUGUUUGGUACAAAUUCUAAGAUCUUCAUCGGGUCUGCAGAGUCGCGAUUGGAAAUGGACAAGGCGGACUACAUGAAGUGCUGGGAGGCAGCCUCUACACCAAAAGACCUGGUUCUCAGCCUUCUGAGUGUGCACUUCACAUAUGCAGAGCUAGCUGCCAGUAAUUUCAACGGUGGUGAGGUGGUGUCCGGCGGGAAGACCAUCACCAAGACAGCCCUGAGGAGAGACAGCCGAUUCAUUGCCAUCGUUUCCCAAGCCGAGGCUCAGUUUUCUGGGGCACAAUCGCCAGCACUCCAGAAGCAAAUCCGAGACGCCGUAAACAACAAGUGUCGGAAGUCGAAAUUCGCUCUUUCAAAUAAUUUAUUAGAUCCAAAUGCCCCUCGCCGCUAGAAAUAUUAGGUGCAGAUUCACCACACGUCUACACCUACUUAGGUCAAGAUUCACGGGACUUUCACCAGCACCGCAGUAUUAUGGUAGAUAGAGUGAUUAUAGUAUAGGAAACGUAGAAUUGAUCAUGAGUACUUGUGGAAACAAUCUGUUUUCUCAAAAUGGUAGAAUAAGAAAAAGUACAAUAUUGUAGAUAACUUUUGUGUUGAUCAUAAAGCGUACUUCUAUAUAUCUAUUUAUCUAUCUAAGUAUCUUCUCCCAGUUCGGAGGUUGAUUGCAACAUCUCUCCAUUUCGUCUUCUGCCAUUCUGGUGCAAU